CAGAGCAGCAAAUUUGCCAUAAGAUCAAGGAAAGCUAAAGAAACCGAUUACGAUUUUGUUUUCACGAGUUUCCUAAGUGGUUACAAUAACUAGAACGAUAUUAACAACUACAAUGAGUAAAGAAGUCAACUCUGAAGAAAUAAAAAAGGAAAUUAUUUUUAAAGAAUACUUCGGCAAAGGUGGAGAACCUAUGCCUGUCUAUCAAUAUAAAGGACACAAUAUUGUGUAUUUAGAAAUAGCAGCGUCAGCUUUAUCGCAACAACAUAUGGUGAAAAUUCGACCUGAUGAUAUGUUGAUGCUUUCCUAUCCUGCAGCCGGGUCCCAUUGGAUGUUUGAAAUCGUUAAUAUGAUAUCGACAGGAAACACUGAAAACGUUUCUUUGCUAAAAGAAGACUUACUGUUAGAUUGGUCACCAUUUGAAAAGCUGGAUUCCGUUGAAUCCCCUCGACUCUUGAACUCUCACUACACUCUUAAACUUCUGCCUGCAGAAUUGCUAAAGGAUCAUAAAAUUAUCUUCCUCAACCGCAAUCCGAAAGCUAUGCUGGUGUCGUUCUACAGACAUAUUUUAGACGUUAAUUUGUUGGACUACAAAGGAGAUUUACCAAGCUAUUUUGACCUUUGGAUGCAAGGAGAUGUUCCUUAUGGUGAUUACUUUAAAUAUGUUCAGGAAAUUUAUGCUCUAUGUAAAGAUAACCCAAAUGCACUUAUCGUAACUUAUGAAGAAAUGAAAGCGGAUAUAUCCAAGGCAGUGUCCCGUGUUGCUAAGUUCUUGGGGAAAACAAUUCCUGAACAACUUACGAAGAAUAUUGUUGAUAAAUGCUCGUUUGAUAAAAUGAAAUCCGAGAAAAAUCUUGUUAGUUCGUAUUUACCCCAAGAUACAUUUGUCGGUGGCGGUUCUAUCUACCAUACUGGUAAAGUAGACACAUGGAAAAAAUGGUUAACAGUGGAACAAAGUGAAAGAAUGGAUGCAAGGAUCCAAUCAGAAUUCAUCAAUCAAGGAAUCAUUUUUAAUUUUUGAUUCAUUCAAUUACGUAAGAAAUUUUCAAGUCAAUUAAAAACAUGCAAAAACGUAUAUUGUCAGUACAUGCUUCUUUCUUGGCUCAACGAUAAUUUUUAAAUCUACGUUUUGAUAUUGUAAUCAUGACUCAAUAAAUUUGUGUGAAACAAAAUGCACAUUUAUUAUAUCUCGAUUUUUAUUUGGAACCCUAUGAAAGUUUCCUCAACAUACUGUAUGUAAAAUGUAAUAUCUGAUUUUGCAAAUGAACUCUCUACAAACCCACAUGCAGCAUACACCUAUUUUGCUUGAGCAGUUAUGUUUGUUUUUCUACAUAAACAUUAUACUAUUUUAUCAUAUACCCCUCUAAAAAGGAAAUAAAAUUUACGCAUAGAUAUGUAUUAUCUGAUGGCUCUAAGUGUUUUUAUACCUAUUAUCGCAAUAAUGUUUCUGUAGUGAUCUAAGUCUGUUGAGGUGUAUCAGGAUCUAGGUUUCUGCAUCAGCAAAAUAUGCAUUUUUUAAAAAGAAGUAAAAAAAAAUCU